AUGGCUUCUGUUCCUUUGUUCUGCUCCAACCAUCCCAAAUGUAUGAAACCAAGUCCUUGUCAAAACUUUGUGCCCAGAUGGAACCUCAGUAUUAGAACCUCAAAACUUCUAAUUUCAGAAAAACCCAUCUCACCAAAACCAAGUAAAGUUAUCCCAAGAUGCACAUCUGUUUCAAGCCUGACUUCAACUUCAGAAGAAAAUCUAGUCCUUGAGGAAGUGACACCAAUUUCACCAACUCUCAAAAAUGUUUGGAAUGAAAUCCAAGGUUGUAAUGACUGGGAAGGAUUGUUAGACCCUAUGAAUCCUCUCCUUCGGAAAGAGAUCAUUCGAUAUGGCGAAUUCGCUCAAGCCUGCUACGAUUCCUUUGAUUUCGAUCCUCAUUCAAAGUAUUGUGGAACAUGUAAGUACCAAGGUGCCCAUUUCUUCGAAAAACUCGAUAUGGCUAAUCAAGGCUACCAAUUGAGUAGAUAUCUCUAUGCAACUUCAAACAUCAAUCUUCCCAAUUUCUUUCAGAAAUCAAAAAUGAGCAGUGUGUGGAGUCCUCAUGCAAAUUGGAUGGGCUAUGUUGCUGUAUCUACCGACGAAGAAGAGAUCAAACGAUUAGGUAGACGCGACAUCGUUAUAGCUUGGAGAGGCACAGUGACAUACCUUGAAUGGAUCACAGAUCUCAAAGAUAUCCUUCAUCCAGCAGGUUUCACUGAUGACCCAUCAAUUAAAAUUGAGUCUGGUUUCUAUGAUCUCUACACCAAGAAAGAACAGAACUGUAAGUACUGCUCUUUCUCUGCUAGAGAACAAGUACUAGCUGAAAUCAAGAGAUUGAUUGAAAGAUAUAAAAAGGAAGAAGAGUUAAGUAUUACAAUCACAGGCCAUAGCCUUGGAGCAGCACUAGCUUUAAUAAGUGCUUAUGAUAUUGCAGAGAUGAAACUCAACAUUAGACAUGAGAACAGCAAAAAACAGAGUAGAAUUCCUAUCACUGUCUUCUCCUUUGCAGGUCCUAGAGUGGGUAAUCUUAAAUUCAAAGAAAGGUGUGAUGAGCUUGGAGUAAAAGUACUAAGAGUGGUUAAUGUUCAUGAUAUGGUUCCUACAGUACCAGGGAUCAUUACAAAUGAGAAAUUUCAGUAUCAAAAAUACAUGGAAGAGGUAAUUGAUUUUCCUUGGAGUUAUGCACAUGUGGGUGUAGAGCUUGCAUUGGAUCAUAAAAAUUCACCUUUCCUAAAGCCUAAUGGUGACCUUGGUUGUGCACAUAAUCUUGAGGCUUAUCUACACCUUUUGGAUGGAUACCAUGGUAUGGGAUGCAGGUUUUGUUUGGCUAAUAAAAGAGAUAUAGCACUUGUUAACAAGAGUUGUGAUUUCUUGAGGGAAGACUAUAACGUGCCGCCGUAUUGGCGUCAAGAUGAGAAUAAGGGGAUGGUAAGGUGUGCCGACGGUAGGUGGAUCGUGCCGGAGAGACCAAGGAUGGAAGCACACCCACCUGACACUGCUCACCAUCUUGAACAGGUGCUUAAGCUUGUGAAUUCAGUACCCUUGGAGUAACUGUAAUGUGAUUGGAAUUACUAAUGUUCUAUCUUAUUAUAAUGCUUUUGUUAUUAAU